AUGGAACCGACGACAGAGCCUCAGCACUUCCUCCUGCUCGACCGGGACCAUGCAGAAGAUGCCAUCAUAGUCAAUCUCGCAAAACGGAGUGAUAUAACCCCGCUCUACAGCAUCAGCCACAACUCCAAAAUGACAAAGAUGGAGAUUCGGAGAAUAAAAUGCGACGCCAUCUCCACCGAGCACCGACCCAUCGGCGCCGUUAAGCUUCGCACGAUACCACCUCGAAUCGACCUCACCGUCCGUGGCGUCGCCUUCAAAAUGGCCCGCAAACACCCCCUGUCAAGCACGCUCGGGUUCCGCUUCCUGGGCGCCGGCGAGAUGCGCUGGGAGCAGAACAAGAAGGGCAGGGGCAUGCGGCUCGUCGACUUCAACGGCAAAAUCCAGGCCCAUUUCCGUCCGAGAAUGCACGUGGCCAGCCACGUUAAUACCGCCGCAGCCGCCGGCGGUGGGGGCGGGGGCGGGGAAGACGAGAAGAGCGGCCGGAGUAGUCCGGGGCACAAGCCCGGGUGGGGACCCGGCUUCGAGCUGCACGCGACGAAGCUUGCGGACCUGGACCUGGACCUGAUAGUCACGACGGGCUUGGCGGCGGCAGAGCAUCGUCGGCAGUUGGAUGACGACUGGGACCAGGCUGCGGGCGAGGAGCUGGACAAGGCGCGAGGCGGAAGCUGA